ACGGGACGCUUCUUCAUACAAGAAAAGCGAGUUAUUCAUCUCGGUAGCUUUCUAGCCAACAUAGCAGAUUUUUAAAUGCUUUCGUUGUAUAUUAGCGACUGUGUUUUAAACACACUUGUCGUAUCUACUAGAUAGUUACACCAUUUCAUUAAAUAUUUACGUUGUUGUUAGUCAGCUAGCUAGCUGGGUAAAUUAGCAGUAGUGCUAGUCUAGUCACUAAUGCUAACUAGCUAUCUAGCUAACAUCCCAACCAUGAGCUCAGUAAACGACUCCCCCACUUCUAAAGAGGUGAUCUGCUGGACGGAGAAAGAAACUCUGGGGCUGAACAUUGUCGUGAAAGAGGAGAAGGAAGAAGAGGAUGUCACAGUAAAACAAGAAACAGAGGUUGAGGCUGUUACAGUGAAAGAAGAAGAGAAAGACGUUUCAGUGAAAGAAGAGGAAGACGCGUUCAGAGUGAAAGAGGAGGAGGAUGUUACAGUAAAAGAAGAGGAGGAAGAGAAAGAGGAGGAUGCAGUUUUUGGAGAGAAAGAAGUGGGGGAGAUUACUGUCACAUUGGAAGAGGAGACGGGAGAUCUGAUUAACAACAGAGAGAGACCAGUCUGUCACUCUGACAGCAGUAAGAGUCCUUCAGAGGAACCAGACCCAGAGACUCCCAAACCAGUGAGACGACUCAACUGCUCCCAGUGUAAUAAGAGUUUCAAGUUGUCAUUGAACCUAAAAAAGCAUGAGAGAAAACACACAGGAGGAAAACCUUUCCACUGCUCCCAGUGUGGAAAGAGAUUUUCACGAUCACAGAACCUAAAAAAACAUAGUAGAAUACACACAGGAGAAAAGCCUUACCACUGUUCCCAUUGUGGAAAGAAUUUUAGGUUGUUGGAUAAGCUGAAGGAGCAUGAGAGGACGCACACAGGGGAGAAACCGUACCAUUGCUCCGUGUGUGGAAAAGGUUUUGCCCAGUUAGCUUACCAAAAAGAGCAUGAAAGGAAACACACAGAAGAAAAGCCUUUCCAAUGUUCCCAGUGUGGAAAGAGAUUUUCCCGAUCACAGAACCUAAAAAUGCAUCAGAGGACACACACAGGGGAGAAAACGUAUCUCUGUUCCCAGUGUGGAAAGUGUUUUACUCAUUUAUGGAGCCUGAACAAACACAAUAGAAUGCACACAGGAGAAAAAUCUUACCACUGUUCCCAUUGUGGACAGAGUUUUAGGUUGUUAGGGAACCUAAAAGAGCAUGAAAGGAAACACACAGGCGAAAAGCCUUUCCAAUGUUCCCAUUGUGGAAAGAGAUUUACACGAGCACAGCAACUAAAAUCACAUGAGAGGACACACACAGGGGAGAAACCAUACCACUGCUCCCAGUGUGAAAAAAGUUUUACGCAGUUAGCGAGCCUGAACACUCAUAAGAGAAUACACACAGGAGAAACGCCUUACCCCUGUGCCCUAUGUGAAAAGAGAUUUUCAAGACCACAGGAACUAAAAUCACAUGAGAGGACACACACUGGGGAGAAACCAUACCACUGCUCCCAGUGUAAAAAGAGUUUUUCGCUGUUAGGGAGCCUGAACAAACAUAAUAGAAUCCACACCGGAGAAAAGCCUUACCACUGUGCCCAUUGUGGAAAGACAUUUUCACGAUCACAGGACCUAAAAUCACAUGAGAGGACACACACAGGAGAAAAGCCUUACCCCUGUCCCCAUUGUGGAAAGAGAUUUUCACGAUCACAUGAACUAAAAUCACAUGAGAGGACACACACCGGGGAGAAACCUUAUCAUUGCUCCCUGUGUGGAAAGGAUUUUUCCCAUUUAGGGAGCCUGAACAAACAUAAGAAGACAAUGCACUCUUGAGUGAAGCCUUACCCAUGUUCCCAUUCCCAGGCUGUGUUCUGAUGAGUCACUGUGUUCUGAUGAGUCACUGUGUUCUGACUGAUGUUUGACUGUUGUUUUAUGCCACAUUAAACCAUAUUGUUUAUAUUAAAUCUUAUUCAACAAUACGCCUGUUUUUCCUCUGGAGACAUGAUUAUAUCUAAAAUCAGAUUAUAAUUAUAUCUCAAAUCAGAUUAUAAUUAUAUCUCAAAUCAGAUUAUAAUUAUAUCUCAAAUCAGAUUAUAAUUAUAUCUCAAAUCAGAUUA